AAUAUUUUGCGAUAGUGGCGAAGUAGUUUCAAAAGUUUGCAAAAUAUAAUAUAAACACAUAUCGGUUUGAUUUAUUUUAAGAAUAUAUACUUAUGGGUUUAUUUUUAGCGCUGGAAUUUUCAAAUUAAAACCAAUAGUUUUCAUUCAUCCAGUGUUGUAUUUUGCAUGUUUUUUAAAUCGUCUGAAAUGAAGCGCGUAAAAGCAGAUUGGAAAAGCUCCUAUAUAGUAAAGAAGCUGUUUUAGUGGUGUGGUUGAUUUAUUUAGAGGCAAAAUAAUUGUGUAAUAUGAAUAAUUACGACAAAACAGUCAGUGGCAGUGAUUCUAGUUCAGACGACGAUUCAGUGUCGGGUUUGGAGGAAGGCGAUGGGGUUGCAAAUAGUAGCUUAAAUAGCUCAAGACCGAGUAGAGGAAAAAGAGAUGUAUGGUGCGGUGUUGGAAAUACAUCCAGAUCUCCCAUUUUUCCUCUACGACGAGUGGUAUGGCCACCGACCUCAAACCCUCAGACCAGCUUCAGAAGUGGCUAUGUGGAUCCCAGAAACGCGAGAUGGGGAAACCCGAAGCUGGGCUCCAAAAUGCAGCUGUUCUCGCAAACGGGAUAUUAUUUGGCCGUCUAUCCAGACGGCAAAGUACGGGGAACCAGAGAUGCAGCUGAUCCACAUUCUUUUUUAGAAAUAGUUAGUGCUGGAUUGCCUGAGCAUGUGAGGAUCAAAGGAUUACUAACUAACAUGUACGUUGCCAUGAACAAAAAAGGAAGACUGUACGCUGAAUCAGAUCCCAACUCUCCAGCUACUGUAUUCGUCGAGUCGUUCCAAGGAUCCUAUAACGCCUACCUAUCCAGAGCUUUCGCCCAUCUGGGAUGGUACCUGGGCAUUAAGAAGUCGGGAAAGUUCAAAAAAGGUCCUAAAACAAAAUAUGGACAAAAAGCCGUUAAGUUUCUACCGAAUAGAAGUCGAUUUGAAUAAAACAAACUACAAAAAUAGCUCUUAUUGGGUUAUAAAGAUUUGAAAAGGCAAGUAAUCGUUGCUUUAAAUUUUAAAGUAUAUCUUUUAUAAGUUCCAAAAAAAAACGAAAAUUGUGUAUGGGUAACACUCUUUUUGUAAUUGUGUAUGGUAACACUCUUAUUGUAAUUUUAUAAAAUUCUACAGAAAUACAAAUUAAUUGUAAAGUACUGUACGAGAAAAAAACGUUGCCAAUUUGACUUGGAAAUGACCAUCGAUGAUAUUCACUAUACAGGACUUCUCUUUACCGUUUUUUCAAAUAAGUCCAAAAUAACCUAGUAAUUU